AUGGACAUUCCGUCGACAAGUGGACAAAGUUACAAGGGCGACUCCUAUGAGCCGACUGGCACCUCGCAAGUAAUGGUUUUCUAUCCGACGUGGCAAGAAUUCAAGGAUUUCCCCGGCUACAUCAAGAAAAUUGAGCAAGCCGGCGCGCAUUUCAGUUGCGGAAUUGCGAAGAUCGUGCCACCGAAAGAGUUCAAUCCACGACCGAAACGCGGCACCGACUACUCGGAUGUAGAUAAUUAUGUGAUAAAAGAACCCGUAAAAGAGACGAUCGACGGCGCGCAGGGAAUCUACGUCAAAAGCAACAAAGUUUUUAAGAAACAACUCUCGGUGAAGGAAUUUCGGAAAUUUGCGCUCAGCUCAACAUACAAGAACCCGAAACCAAACUUGGAAGGAGCCGAGCUGGAAAGGUUAUAUUGGCGAUCGAUUUGCAAAGGUGAACCGAUCUACGGAGCUGAUACGGAAGGUUCAAUCUAUGAGAAAGACGUGCACGAGUGGAACAUGGCUCAACUGGGCACGAUUCUUGAUGAUACGAAAAAUUCGGGGGUGGACAUCAAAGGAGUCACCUCGGUUUACUUGUAUUUUGGGAUGUGGAAGACGACGUUUCCGUGGCACGCCGAAGACAUGGAUCUCUAUUCAAUCAACUAUUUGCAUUUUGGUGAACCAAAGUAUUGGUACGCGAUCUCAUCCGAGUCUGCCAACCGUUUCGAGCGUCUCAUGCAACAAACGUUUCCCGACGAGUCACAACAUUGCCGCUCUUUUUUAAGGCAUAAGAAUUUCAUCGUUUCACCAACGAUCCUGAGGAGUCACAACAUUCCCUACGGGACGAUGAUUCAACGACCGAACGAGUUCAUCAUCACUUUUCCACAUGGUUACCACAUGGGCUUCAACUCGGGCUACAAUUGCGCGGAAAGCACGAAUUUCGCCUCGGAUCGCUGGAUUGACUACGGAAAGAACGCUCACAUCUGUCGUUGCCGUCCGGAUUCGGUGGAGAUCGACAUGCGGCCGUACAUGAUGAAAUAUCGGCCGAAGCAUUUCGACGCAUGGUUCAACUAUUGGUACGCCGAGAAGAGAAUUGUGCUUAAAGGCCGAAACGCCAAGCGAAACCAUUUACAAAUCGCCGCCGAUGCCGAGGAUUCCAUGCCGGAAACGACAAAGCGGCGCAAGGACUCGUCCUCGCCGCUCCGGCAAGAUGCCACGACGAUUCACCCCGCCACCAUAAAGGAAUCGCCGAAGAAAGGCGACAAAUCGACUGCCCGCAAGAAACUCGCGAAUAAAGGACUCGUUGGUCUCUGGGCCUCCUCGGCGGUGAAUCUCUACGCGGAACGGUGUUGGAACGAGAAACGAGCUUUGGAAGCGCCGCAUUGUGCCAUUUGUCAAUACUUUCAACCAGUUCAACAGCUAGUCUUCACUAAAAGCGUCCCAGAAAGCUCUCAACGUUUGAUAUCGUUUAUGUGUUUUGCCAAAGAUCCAUUAAGAAUGCCGAAGAUUCCCGACCCAAAUGAGGAUUCUUUAUUGACGUGCGACUCUUGUGCGGUCACCGUUCACCGCAAUUGUUACGCGUUGAUGGAAAGUGAUAACAACAUCUGGUUGUGCCAACGAUGCUCAAAGAGAAGCCCGGAACUUAUCCGCGGCACCACAUGUCACCUUUGUGAACUACGAGGAGGUGCUUUUAUGCGGUGUGUUUCCGGCCGGGAAAGCUCGUGGGUGCAUGUGAUCUGCGCGAUUUUGUCUCGUCGGACAUCUUUCGACGAUCCGGCGACCAGGUUGAUGGCAAGCUAUCAACCACCACCAAAGCACGGAUACCCCAACGAGGACGGAGUCACUCUAUCGGCUGACUACAUGGACGCGCUUGGAGUCGAGCACGAGGUUGCCAAAUACGAGUGCGAGCUUUGUGGACGUCUCCGCGAAUCAUUGAUCAAAUGUGCCGCGUGCGAGGGAUCACGCGAGCCAGUCUACGUGCACGCAACGUGUGGUCGUGUGGGAAAAAUGUUUGUGGAGAGACGUGAAUACCCGCUGGUGGCCGUGCUCGUAUGUGACAAACAUGAGAACUACUUUGAUAGUGAUGAGGAAACGAGUGAGAUUAGCCCGGGCGAAGAGGUGGUCGUCUCGUUGAAUAGCGAAGGGAAAGUCGAACGAGGGUUCGUCAUGCAGAAAUUCGAGAAUGAGUACGCGAUGUUGGACUUCUGUGAUGGAUCGUUCUCGAAGAAUACACCAUUUGAGGACAUUGUCACGUGUGAAUGUGUGAAAUGUGAUCGACGAUAUCAUCAGAGUGGAGCGAGGAUUCGCGUUCGUUGGACGGAUAGUGAACUCUACGAUGCCUACUACCGGGGUGCCAUCAUUUGUACAGAGUAUUGGGUUCGUCUCCACUCGUCUCCGAAAUCGCCGCCGAUCAUUUUGGCUCGAUCCGACAUUUUCACGCAUCGGGAAAUGUUACCUGAACAGCUCAAAAAUCGACUCGAAAACACCGAGAAAAAUGAUUCGUUG